GAAAACUAGGCAGCGUAUCCUAUCAGAGACCCAAGAAGCAAGAAGGAGCCAUGAAAACUGUUCCUUCAACUUCAUCAUCUUCCUCCAUGAAAUCAACCACCACCAUUCAAGAAGACCGAUCGGAAUUCCGAGAUAGUUGCUACUAUCCUGGUUGCCGAAAGGAUGCCAAUUGCAACUGCGAAAUCUGCUUGGCAAGCAUCAAUGCCACUCUUGAUCUCAUCCAGAAAAGCUCCCUCACCAAGUUCUCUGCUUCUCGCCCCACCACCGAUGUCGAACGCACUCCCAUCUCCUUCAAUUCUUCCAUUUUAUCCACACCCAUCUCCACCUCUCCUCCUCGGAUUACCAUGUCUCCGAGUCUCAGAUCAUCUGGGAAAUCGAGUCUUAAUUUCAAUUCGAAGAAGGAGACAAGGAAAGAGAAGAGAAAAUGGGGUGGUCCCAGGAGUGAUUUUUAUAGGCUUGCUUUGGUAUUGAGCUUGAUUUUCAUGGCGGAUUAUGGGUUUUCAAGGACGGUUUCUGGGAUUGUGAAACCUGCUUUGUCUCCGGAUUUGGUGAGAAAUGUUGGAGAGAAAUCGUGGGGGGCUGUGAAAGAUUUGAAUGGGAAGCUGAGGCUGUUUCAGAAGGAGUUGCUGGGUCUUGUGGAUGGAGAAGUUUCAAAUUGCAGCUAUGCUAAUUCAGCAUGGAAAAUUUCUCAGGAUGGUUUGCUUUUGAGUUCCCAUUGCACAUUCUACAAAUCGGCAAUGGAGGAGGUAAGCAUAUGGGGAUGGCCUUUACAGACUGCAGGGUUGCUCAAAACUGGUUUUUCUUCUCGAUCAUUCACUGUUAUGUCUGGAAGAGUCACCGAGUGGUCGGAUGGAAAAAUUGGCUAUGUGAUUAGAAAGGUCAACUCUUCAUGGGAGGUGCGAAAAUGGGGAGCCUCAGCUGUGCAAUUAGAUCGUAAUACAUGGAUUCUGGAGUACCGACGGAGUUCGAUAUUGGAUAACCCAAGAUUGGUUUCCGCAGCAAUAGUAUUCUUCAAGUAUAAAGUGGAAAAAAUGGUUGGCAAAGUGAAGCAAGAGUUUUGGCUCUUCUCUGCUUUUGACAAGAACAACCUUUGUCAUUUUACAGGGAAAUGUAAUCUUAAAGUCCCAACCUAAAAGAACCAUUUGGCAGUGAAUUUUAUAGAGACUAUGCUCAGAUGCAGAAAUAUCCAUUUCUCAUUUCUUGUGAGAAGCUGAUGGGUUAAUUUUUUUUUCCCCCCUUUAUAUGUUCUGUUUGUUACUUUGGAAGCCUUUUAUGCUUAAUUCUUUGUCUUUUGUCCUUUCUAUUCAUAUUUAGUGAACCAGAUACUUUCUAUUCAUCGAAUUGUAUAUGUUGACCGACCAAUGAAUUGAAAUCAGUUCUGGAGCUUUCAC